GCAGGUAGAUACGUGACGUCACCGAGGUGAACAGGUCUUCCUGGUUUGAUCAGUAAAACUUCCUGCGGCAACAUUGGACGAGUCACAGGUCGAAAAAGGCGCUGCUUCACGAACUACAGCAACAGUCUCGUUUUUAAAUUAUUACAGUAAUCGGAAAGUUUUGUUUGUUCGCUUUUUUAAAAAGCGUAUGUAAUGUAAACUUUUAAACCAGUGCAGAGUACAACGUGUUAUGUUGUGAUUUUUUUUUUUUUUUUUUUUUUUAAAGUAACUAUUAUUCAGGGCUCAGUAACCAGCACGCAUUUGUUUAAUUCUUUUUUUUUUUGUAAUAAUACUUGUAAAGUCAUCUGUUGUAGUUUUUAAUCAGACGAUCGUUAUUUUUAUUUAAUGAAAAAUAUUUUGUAAGAACGCAUACGCUGUACACGUUUACGUUUUCUAAGAACUACUGCUGCCAAACAAGUGAAACUAUAACAUAGUUAUUUAUUUUAAAAGAGCGCAAAAACAAAACAAAAAAAAUCCCCUUUAUAUACUCAAGGUUACUGGAAACUCUACAAAUGAAAACUAUUUGAUUCUGCAGAACGCUCUGAAUGCUGACAGUUCCACCAUGAGCCUGAAUGAAUUCUGCCGCGUGUGCGGUUCGGCGUUGAAAGGAAACCAGCGGCGCUGGAUAUUCGGGAAGCAGCAGACCUCAGGAACCAAGACCAGUCCGGGAAACCGGAGUCUCACUGUGAAGGGGGGUCGGGAAUGGGGCAGCUGUGCUUCCCUCAACUCUCCUUCAACGGCCUCCUCGUCUUCCCCCAAUUCCAGAAUGGACCUGCUCGCCAUCCUCACUCACGUGCUGGGCAGGGAGAUACCAAGGAAAGACGGGCGGGGGGAGUUUCUGUGCGGGAAGUGCGUGUCUGUUUUGGAGCGUGUCUUCAAGUUCGACACGGUCAUCGCGAGGGUCCGCACCCUGUCCCUGGAGAAACUGCAGCGCCUGGCUUCUGAAAAGGAGAAAAUGUGCAGCUGGAUGUCCGGCAUUUACACACGCCGCCACUUCAAUUCCAGGAAGUCAAACACCAGCGUGGGGGAUAGAAUGAGUGACGUAGACUCGAGCGAUGGCUACCAGGCCAUGCUGAGGGAGAACAUGGCACUUUCUGAAUACGAAUGGUGGUCUGAGAAGUGGGAUGCUUGUCCCUAUUACAGGAAGACAGGAAAAUGCUGCCAGAAAGGGAAGAAUUGUGAAGGAUGCAAUGCUCUGAGAGUCUCUGAUUCAGAUUAUGAGUCAGUGUGUGGCGUACCCAGACGACUCGCCAACAGCACCCAUCUCCAGAACUUCUCCCCCUCCCCAUUCGCCUCCUCCCGAGACAAAUCCAGAAGCAUGCCUCUCGAUUGGCUGAAUCGCUCCUAUUCCAGUUUCAAAACCUCUCGAAAAUGCAGCAGCACCUUGAGUGUCGGCUCAAGCCAAUCGCUGAGCUGUGACACCCCGGGUCCCACCUCUAGGUCCAACUCUGUCCUAUCGCUGGACUCUGAGGGCUUUCCGGACCCUUUCGAUUGGCCGGUUGGUGACAUCGACGUGACGUCGCCGGUUUUGAUGGAAGUUUUGAGGAAGAUCCGUGAGAUUGAAUAUAGGCCCGUUCAGUCCCCCCCUCGGAGCAAGAUUCCUGUCAGGGACAGGGCUGGUGAGGGGAGGGGAGGGACUCCAGGGAGGCAGGAGAGGGGAGGCGUGGGGGGUCUACAAAGGGCGCUGAGUUUCGGAGAGUCACUGGAUGGAGAGAACGAAGAAGACGUCUUGACUGAACUCAGAGAUGAGUAUCUACCACUGAACAGAGGGAAGCUGGUGGAGAGACAGAAGAUGCACACUGCAGUCAGGCAGCUGAGAGGACAGCUAGAGCAGGCCCAGGCUCAGAUCAGGACCCUACAGGAGCAGCUGGAAGACGGGGCUACCCACCCAGUGGGUGCAUCUAAGAAUCCAGCGCCCUCAAGCCUCAUAUCGAAGGAAUGGCAUGAGUCCCAGGCUGAAGCUGUGCUAAUCGACAGCCUGGGAGACAGGCUGCACAGCACAGAGCGCAUUGCACAGGAGUGCAUCGCUUUGCUCCAGAGGCUGAGUCUGGGAGCCAGCUCCCCCGCAGAGCUGCGGGACUCCCUGAUUGAGAAGCUGCAGGAGAGGCUAAAAGAGAGAGAUGAGGCCAUUGAGCGCGCUGCUGAGGCAAAGUUUUCUGAGCUGAAGGCGAUGGAGAGAGAGGUGCAGAGUCUGAGACAGACAGCCAGAGAGAAGGACAGGGACCUGGCACGCCUCGCAACCGUGCUGCAGAGCAAUGAGGACACCAUCCAUGCCCUGCGCUGGGAGCUGUCUCAGAGAGAAGGUGCGCUGCGGGAGAGGCAGAGCUUGCUGGAGAGAGAGAGGGAAGCCUGGACACACAGAGACACUCUACAGACGGGGCUGCUGGCAGAGAGGGAGGCGCUGCUACGCACACUGCAGGGGGCGCUGGAGAGCAGCCAGAGAGAUGUACAGGCAUUGUCGGAGUCUGUGAUUGGCCAGGGAUUGGAGGGGGCUGGGGCAGCUGCCCAGCUAGCCAAUCAGCUGCAAGAGAAGGAAGCUAUGCUGGGUCAGGUGCUGAGAGAACAGAAAGAGCAGAGUGACGCCCACUGGCAGGAGGUGAAACAGCUCCUGACUGCGCUGGAGAGCAGGGAGAACAUUAUACAGGAGCAGUCUGCGCAGCACAGCCAGGCUCUGUCUCAAUCCUCCCUGGAGCUGUGCGAGGCACAGAGAGAGCUGAGAGAGAGGGAGAGGGAGAGAGCGAGGGAGGAAAGCGGAGCCGCACUGGAGAGAGAGAGGGAGGAGAGAGGGCUGAGGAGCAUGCUGGUGCAGAGGGACCGGCUCAUACAGCAGGUUUUGGCCAACGCUGAGGAGAAAGACGGACUCCUGUUUGAACUGCAGCAGCAGAUUAGAGAGCACUAUGAUUUCAGAACGGGGAUGAAACAGACGCUCUGAGGAAACCCUGUCCAAGACCACACUGCCAAAACAUUUAUCCAGCAAGGCAGUACAAUACUGCCACCAGGUGGAGAUGUUAGAAAUGGCGACCACAGAUUUACCAGUUCAGAGCAAAGUGAAACGCCCCCUGAGAAGAGGGGUUGAACGCUUGCCAAUGAUGCUCAUCUGGACUUUGCCCAAGAACCGCUUCACUGCCAUCCAAACUACUGGAGAGCCUGGUUUUGCCACAAUAAAGUGCCAAUUUGUGUGUGUGUGUUUUUUUUUUCUUCAUUUGUAUAGUUAAGUAGUGGUGAGGGGUACUGCCAGAUUAACAUGCUAAUAAUGUAGUAAUAAUGUACUUUGAAAACUGCAGCGACAUCAUGAGGAUUUGACUAGUCCAGAGCCCUCUGGAUCAUGGUCAAUAUGUGACCUUUAUACCCAGAGAAUGUGGAGUAAUCCUUUCACUGCCAGCGAUUCGGGCUUGAACUGGCCUCAGCACUCCUUGUGCUGAGACCAGCAGUGCUGAUGGGUACUGCCAAAUCAGCACGCUAGAUUUACAUUAAGUAUAUUUUAUUAAUUUUUGUAAAAGCUGCUGGCAUGGCCGCUGCAAAUGAAGAUUCAUAAACGUACAACUGGAGUGAAGGCAGUUAGGGUGGCUGCAUUUUAAAUGACCCAGUUGCUGUGUCAGGUGACGUGCUAUAGGGAGAUAUUUCUGAUGCCUAGAUUGCUGUCUUCAAACUGAAUUUGAGUUUUUUCCAACUUACUUGAGUAUAUAGCUUUGUAUAUAUAUGUUUGUAAAGUGGGAAGAAGUUUAAAAACAUAGAAUAUUACAACUGUCAAAUUGCAAUGGCUUGUUUGGUAUUGCGGGUUUAUUGUAGAAAUGUAAUCAUGGUACUGGUAUGUCAUCGCUUUAACGAAGGAGCACAGGGUUAAUAUGAUAAAUAUAAUAGAAUACAAAUGGUUGCGUAGAAUAAAAAUAGUUGCAUAAAAUUAAAUGCUUAUGGCUAAAGAAUUCUAGUAAAUAAAAAUCUAUUUUCUAUAGACACAA